GGGUGCGAAGAACUCAGUUCUUAUAUUUAGAAUCAGUGUGCAGGUUCCAAGGGGUCUUCACUGUAUCCACAUGGCUUGGUAUGUGUGUCAGCCGCAAGCCACCAAGUUCAGCCGCGUAAGCGAAGCCACCCGGCGAAGGGCAGUGAGCCGCACUUUAUAAAUCACUCGCAUGGCAAUCGCUGUCACCACUUGCAUCUCUGGACCCGAGCACGCACAUCAUGAGUAACGGCAGGCAUUUGGCUAAAGGCUCACCCAUGCCGGAUGUUCCCGAAGAUGGUAUCCUUCGCCUGUACUCGAUGCGCUUCUGCCCAUUUGCCCAACGGGUGCAUCUGGUCCUGGACGCCAAGCAGAUCCCCUAUCACAGCAUCUACAUUAAUCUCACAGACAAGCCGGAGUGGCUGCUGGACAAGAAUCCACAGGGCAAGGUGCCGGCUCUAGAAAUCGUGCGAGAACCUGGACCACCUGUGCUCACAGAGUCGCUACUGAUUUGCGAAUAUCUGGACGAGCAGUAUCCACUGCGACCACUCUAUCCACGUGAUCCGCUGAAGAAAGUGCAGGAUAAGCUACUAAUCGAGCGAUUUGGAGCGGUGCUAGGUGCCUUUUUCAAGGCAUCCGAUGGCGGUGAUCUGGAGCCCUUCUGGAGCGGCCUGGACAUCUACGAAAAGGAGCUGGCUCGCCGUGGUACGGAAUUCUUCGGUGGCGAACAGACGGGCAUUUUGGACUACAUGAUUUGGCCCUGGUGUGAGCGCCUCGAGCUCCUUAAGUUGCAGCGUGGAGAGGAUUAUAACUACGAUGAGAGCCGCUUCCCCCAGCUGACCCUUUGGCUGGAACGCAUGAAACGGGAUCCGGCUGUGAUGGCCUUUUACAUGGAGGCCGAGGUUCAGGCGGAGUUCCUGCGCACACGGAGCCUGGGUCGACCCAACUACAAUCUGCUGGUCAAGGAUGCCUGAUGCACUUGGUUUAUUUGAAAUCUUCGCAUGGAAUGAAUAAAACAUAAAUGCAGUCCAUAA